AUGCUAAAAAUAGUGAAACCUACUACUCCUAUCGAUCAUGAAUGGUUAUGGCAAUAUGAUGAUGGAGAAAAAGACAUAAAUGUGUUUGAUGCCCCUACUAAAGUAUACCUGGUAUUUGGAAUCUUCUACUUAGAUCGAUUUGCCAAAGAAACUUUCGCGAAAGUUGAGGGCAUCUUACAACAAGUUCAAGCAAAUAUUCAAGAAUGGAACACCUUGUACCCCUGGUCAGAAUAUAAUGGCAUAUCCAUGGAACUAAAAUAUAUGAAUGAUGGAUUACCGUAUAUAUUUGGACAACUAUGUGAAGAAGAUAAUAUACAGAAUGAAGAAUCACUUGUGGUGGCAAUGUUGCAGGAGGUAUCUUUACAACUGGGAUCACAACUGUUCAUCAAAAUAUCUGCUACGGAUGGAGACAAUAUCUUGGCAGAAUUCAACGAAUGUAUACCCGAAGAAUAUGAAUACCCGGUAGCUAAUAAUCGAUUUUGGAUUUAUGAGGGGAAAUUUGUAAUGAUUCCUACCUACUUUUAUGAAGGUCGCGGUCUUAAACCAAAUGAAGCUUUGGAGUUUCUCACAAAAGCCCCUUUCAAAUGUAUCGAAAUUGACAAACUGAGCCAAUGCAUUAGGGACAAAAUAAUAAACCCUCAUCCAAACGCUACUUUUGCAGAACUAGGCAAACUUAUGCUUGUAAUUGAAGACCAAGACUUUUUGACUAUUUUAAAGGACAAUUCACAAAUUAUUAGUUAUUUAGUUAAAUCCUUGAUAAAGGAUGAAAUCACUAAUGUUCAAGAUAUAAUCAAAAAAGAAAAUGUUUCAGAUCAAGAUAAAAACCAACCUACUGAAUUUUUAAUACCGAAAAACCAUGCGAAUUUAUUAUCUUUAUACUUAGAUAUUCAUAAAUUAAAGGACGAUCCUCUGAAGAUACCGAUGUACUGCGGCAGAAUCCUUCACCAAGUGUUUAAAUCAUUAAUAGAUAAUUCCGAGUUAAAGAUCAAUGAAGUAUCAUCAGCAACCGUAAAGUGGAAAGAAAGUAAUCUGUUGAAAGACUAUAAAUUUGAGACUAUCGCUUUAGAGGAACCUUUCAAACCACAAAGCGACGUGGAACCAACUGAAGAAUUGAUGGAUAAGCUGGGAAAUUUCUUUAAAAGUGAUAUGGAUAAAGAAUUUAAUGAUUCAUCCUUGAAAGAGAACAAGCUAAGCAAUGUCGAUAGCGAAGAUGAAUUUAGCGAUGAAAGGGAGGGAAAUGAUCAGGCGAAGAAAUAUUUCGAAGAUGAAAAUAUAAGUAUAGAUGAAGAUGAUUUUUUCGAGUUUUUCUUGAAGGAAGCUCUAAAAUUGAAGGAAGAAGAAAUCGAAACCUUCCGUAAGCAAGAUAGCAAAAAGGAACAAACCGUUGGAGAUUUACAAAAGAAAACUAACUUAGAUGUUGAAGAUGAUGGAGAAAGUGAACUGCGAGAAUUGGUGGCCGAAUUAGAUACCGACUCGCAAGAAGGUGCCAUAGAUGCUUUCACUAAUUUAUUUGAUUCAUUAUCGGUAGAUGGUGCCCCAAGUGGGCCUUUCCAAACUAUGUUAAGAAACUUGAGUGAACAGAAUGGACAUAAAAAUGAGACGUAA